AUGGGAACCAUCAUAGACAGAUUUGAAGGCCAUGAGGGACCAGUUCGAGGCGUUGAUUUCCAUAAAACCCAACCCCUAUUUGCGUCUUGUGGUGACGAUUAUACUAUCAAUGUCUGGAGUUUGCAAACCAGAAAACGCCUCUUCACUUUGACUGGCCAUUUGGACUACGUGAGAACAGUGUUCUUUCACAAUGAUUUGCCUUGGAUCAUCUCUUGUUCAGAUGACCAAACUAUCCGUAUUUGGAACUGGCAAAAUCGUCAGGAGAUUGCGUGCUUGACAGGUCAUAACCACUAUGUUAUGAGCGCUCAGUUCCACCCCAAGGAAGAUUUGAUCGUUUCCGCAUCCCUCGAUCAAACCGUCCGUGUUUGGGAUAUUUCUGGGUUGCGAAAACGUCACUCCGCUCCUAGUGGCGCUUUGAAUACUACCAACGCUUUUGAGGAUCAACUUGCUAGAGCCAAUGGCCCACCACAAGACAUUUUCGGAAAUACUGAUGCGAUUGUCAAGUAUGUAUUAGAAGGUCAUGAUCGAGGUGUUAAUUGGGCAUCUUUCCACCCUACUUUGCCAUUAAUCGUGUCUGGUGGUGAUGACAGAGUCCUCAAAAUUUGGAGAAUGAGUGAAACCAAAGCCUGGGAAUUGGAUACUUGUCGUGGCCAUUUGAGUAAUAUCAUGUGUUGUAUUUUCCAUCCAUUCCAAGAUUUGAUUAUUUCUGUCAGUGAAGACAAGACAAUUCGUACUUGGGACUUGAACAAGCGAACUCCUGUGCAACAGUUCAAGAGGGAGGGCGAUAAAUUUUGGUAUAUUGCAGCCCACGAGUCAAUUAAUCUUUUUGCUGCCGCUCAUGAUAGCGGUGUCAUGGUUUUCAAGCUUGAAAGAGAGCGCCCUGCAAGUACGGUCUACCAAAACAGCAUCUACUAUAUCAAUAGAGAGAAGCAGGUUAAAUUUUUCGACAUCAAUAGCAAUAAUGAGAGUUUGCCAUUGCUAUCUUUAAAAAAGAUUGGCAGUCAAUGGGUUCCUUUCAGAAACUUGUCAUAUAACCCUGCUGAAAGACAGAUCUUAGUCACCACCAAAUCUGCCGACAACCAAAAUAUCUUUGAGCUUAUUAGUUUGCCUAAGGAUGCUUCGGGAGCUAUUGAACCAUCUGAGACUAGUCGUGGAUCUGGUGACCAGGCUGUAUUCAUUUCUCGUAAUAGAUUUGCCGUUUUGUUGAAAUCGAGUCAAACUAUUGAGAUACGUGAUUUGGGUAACUCUAUUACCAAGAGUGUACAAUGUCCUAUCAGCAAUGUUAAAGAUAUUGUAUAUGGAGGUCCUGGUCUGUUGCUUGUUUUAGGUGCUGCUUCUGUAGUUUUGUUUGACGUUCAACAGAAGAAGACUAUUUCUGAAAUCCCUGUUUCAAACAUCAAAUAUGCUGUAUGGUCGAAUGAUGGUCAGCAUUUGGCCUUGUUGGGCAAGCACACAAUUACAAUUACCACUAAAAACCUAGAGACUGUCUCGUCGCUUCACGAAACUAUUCGUAUCAAGAGUGCUACUUGGGAUGAUACUGGAGUUCUAAUUUAUUCAACUUUGAACCAUUUGAAGUAUAGUUUAUUGAACGGGGACAAUGGUAUUUUAAGGACUCUUCAAAACACGCUUUACAUGGCCAAGGUCAAAGGGAACUCUGUAUAUUGUCUUGCUCGUGGUGGUUCUAUCAAGGUUUUGAAAAUUGAUCCUACUGAAUACCGAUUUAAGAAGGCUCUUGUAAGCAAGAAUUUCCAUGAAGUCCUCCGUCUUAUCAAAUCAUCCCAGCUUGUUGGUCAAAGUAUCAUUGCUUAUUUGCAGAAAAAGGGAUAUCCGGAAAUUGCUUUACAAUUUGUUCAGGAUGCGCAGACAAAGUUCGAUUUGGCUAUUGAAUGUGGUGACUUGAAGGAGGCUUUUGAACAAGCAAAAGAGCUGGGUAAGCCUGCCGCCUGGAAGAUCCUUGGUGAGGAAGCACUUGCACAAGGUAAUCAUGACAUUGUCGAAGAUAUUUACCAAAAGCAACAUGAUUUCGAUCGCUUGUCAUUUGUUUACCUUGCCACUGGUAAUAUUGGAAGAUUACAGAAGAUGGAACAAAUUGCUGAUCAUCGUAAUGACACUGCUGCCCGAUUCCAGACUAGUAUUUUCCUCAACUCAGUUGACAGUCGAAUUCAAUUGCUCCGCGACGCAGGCUUAUAUCCUUUAGCAUAUUCAUUGGCUAAAAGCAGUGGAUUGACUGAAGUCGCUAGAGAGAUUAUUGAGGAGUCUGGUGUCGACGAGUCGGCUAUCAAAAUCUCGAUCACUGAUACUUCGUCUGACGCUAUCACUGGCGUUUCUCAUGAAACACAUAAAUCCAAUUGGCCACUGCGUAAGACUUCGCUUUCGUUUUUCGAACAGGCUCUCCUCGGAAAGGUUGAAGCACUGUCUUUGGAAGAUGAACCUGAACAGAAGACUAAUGCAGAGACUGCCAAUGGCGAUUUCGAUGAAUAUGAAGAUGAACUCCAAGAUGAAGACGGCUGGGACCUCGGUGCUGAAGAUCUUGGCAUUGAAGAUGUUGAAGAAACUGAUGAAAAGGUUGACAGUAACAUUGACAUUACUGUUGGUUCGUCUGAAACAGAAUUGUGGUUGCGAAAUUCUCCAGUGGCUGCCGACCAUGUGGCCGCUGGUUCAUUUGAAACUGCUGCUCAGCUUCUCAACCGCCAAGUUGGUAUUGUCAAUUUUGCUCCUUUGAAAAAGAGGUUUUUGGAAGUAUAUCGCGGCUCGAAAUUGUAUUUGCCUGCAAACGAUGGCCUUCCCCCACUGACAUUCUAUGCUCGUAGACCCGAUGAGAAGGUUCUUCCCUUUGUUCAUGGUUAUGAGAGUUUAGGAGAAACUCUACAAGAAGCAUAUAAGUUGGUGGCUAGUGGUAACCAGCUUCAACUCGCAAUUGAGACCUUUAGGGAAAUUCUUCAGACAAUUGUCGUGCUAUCCGUUCCUUCUGAGGCAGAGGCUAAAGAGUGCCAAAAGCUUAUUGAAAUUUGCAAGAAUUAUAUUCUUGCUUUUUCAAUCGAGCUUAAAAGAAAAAGUCUUCCUCCUACUGAUGUGAAACGAAGUCUCGAACUGGUGGCUUAUUUCACUAAGCCUAAGCUUCAAAAGAGACAUGCUCAUAUUCCUUACAUGGUUGCGAUGAAAGAAUCAUUCUCAAAGAAGAAUUUCGCUUCUGCCUCAUUCUUUGCCUCCGAGUACAUUAAAAUCAUGGAAGGCGUGGAUGACGAUGAUUCUGAUAGAUCUGUGAACGAACGGGUUAGAGCCAGGAAUGCCAAGAACAUUGCUCAAGCCAAGGCUCUCAAGGCUAAGGCAGAUGCUUCACCUCUUGAUGCCCAUGAGAUUGACUUUGACCAAUAUGCGGAUUUUGACAUUUGUCCAUCGACAUUGACUCCUAUUUAUGAAGGCACAUCCAGUGAAAGAGACCCCUUGACUGGUGCCAAAUACCAUGUCAGUGAAAGAGGUAAGUUGUGUUCUAUUACCCAGCUUACCUCUAUCGGAGCACCUGCCUCAGGACUUCGACUAUUUGCUUGA